AUGGCUGAAGUGCGUGAAGGAAAGGCUGCUAUCGCGCAAAGCACUCGUGCAGAUGUUCAUCCAGCCGAUAGCAGCAGUGCAAACACGGAGCUAUCUUCAGAACCGGCCCAGAAAAAGACCUUUGGCAAGCGACUAAAAGAAGUAGUCUGGGAUACUUUCGACUACCCACCGGCAGAGCGGAAAUUUGUCUCGAAGAUCGAUUUCUUUAUAUUGACAUGGGCUGGGUUUUCCUACUUUUCGAAGAAUCUCAAUUCGAACAACGUUUCAAAUGCAUAUGUUUCCGGCAUGAAAGAAGAGCUCAAUGUUGUCGGAAAUGAGUAUCAAACAUUUACUACCAUGUGGACAAUAGGUUAUGUCAUUAGCCAGAUACCGUCACAAAUGAUUUGCACACGAGUUCGACUAUCUCUGUGGUGUCCGUCUUGGGAAUUGUUCUGGGUCAUAAUAACAUUUGCCUCGGCCGCUGUCAAAACACCUCAUCAGCUAUACAUAUGUCGCUUUUUCGUCGGCCUUGCGGAAGGUACUUUUUACCCUGCAGUGCAUACUGUGCUGGGUGGGUGGUAUACGAAGAGAGAACUAGCUAAACGGGCAUGUAUCUUCUUCGGUUCGGCCUUUGUUGGGUCUAUGUUUAGUGGUUAUCUGCAAGCAGCGUUGUAUUCGGGGAUGAACGGGGUGGGUGGCCUAUCUGGGUGGAGAUGGCUGUUCGUAUUUGACGGAGUCAUCACAUUUCCCAUGGCAAUAUGGGGGUACCUUGCUCUCCCUGAUUUGCCAGCCAACACAAGAGCUCCAUGGCUUAAACCUCACGAACGGGAGAUGGCUAUUGAGCGCAUGAAGAGAGCUGGAAAGCAGCCAAAUGAGCCAAUUACUUGGACCGGCGUGAAGCGUGUUCUCAGUAAAUGGCAUUUCUGGGUGUACACGGCUUAUUACACAUAUCCGGUUACAGACAUAAACACUUAUCCAACGGUCAUGAACGCUAUAACGAUCCUUACAACCUUGAUAUACGGCUGGACAAGCGAUUCGAUUGGGCUCCGUAGCCCAAUAGUAUACUUUUCUCUCACAGUGUGCUUUUUUGCGGCAAUGAACCUUGCUAUCUGGGAUGGUGUGCCGUUCGGGUUAAAAUGGGCAUCAUAUUACCUUACAGGAUUCGCGCAAGGGUCGGGCCCAGUUUUUCUGACCAUGGUUAACGAGGUAUGCGCCGGAGAUAGCCUUGAACGAUUGAUAAUUCUUGGGUCGACAAACUCCAUAGCAUACGCUUUCAAUGCCUGGAUACCAUUAUUAUCGUACAAUACGACUUAUGCUCCCCGUUUCCUUGUCGGAAACUCGAUUACUGUGGCAUUAAUUGUUUGCGCUGCCGCUACCCUUACUUUGGCGCUAUAUCUACAGAGAAGAGACGAGUAA